GAUAACCACGGGACCCGAUACUCACUGAUCUGGCUUAUCAAGGUAUCCUCAAUUGCGACCAUGUCUUCUCUUAUCACUGAUUGAUCUGGGUUAUUGUGGAAUUAUCACGGGAUACACAGGACAGUGAUGGGUCCACAAGAGCAACAGCGGUAGCUGCGUCUGCCAAGAGAUGACAGUAUGGCUUGUGGUGCCAGUUUCCAGUAGUAGCAUUUGUUUCCCCGCGUGUUUUGGUUGGUGUUUGCAGACAGUUUCCUGCACCUUGCUUGUUUUUUGUGCAAUUUUUUUAACUUUUACUUUCCCUCCUCCAUGGCACCUGUGAACAAGGAGAGUGUCAAGGUUCCUGAUCCAGCCAAGCGACGAAGACGUGUGUAUACUCUGCAGGAAAAGAUAGAUAUAAUAAAAAAAAUAAGUUAUGGCGCUACGUUCGCUGCAGUGGGCCGGGAAUAUGGUGCCAAUGAGUCGACCGUGCGGUCUGUGUAUAAGGUUCGCGCUGAUGUGAUGAAAGCAUUUACUGAAGCAUCCUCAAGAUCUGUGAGUCGUAUCGUCAGGGUUCAAAAGGACCAAUUUCUGCAACCAAUGGAGAAGGGGGUAUUUUUGUGGAUGGAAGAUUGCUACAAGAAGAAGCUUCCUGUGACGACAAAACGGCUUCAGAGCAAGGCAAGAUACAUCUACAAUAGUUUGGUUGAACGUUCCGAUGUUCCUGACAAGGAGAAGCAUGUUUUUCAAGCAAGCAGGGGCUGGCUGCAGAAAUUUUUAUUAAGAUACGCUAUAACAAACAGGGUGGUGUCUGGUGAAACUGCAUCUGCUGAUGCCGAGGCUGCUCGUCGGUACCCCCAGGAGUUUCAUCAGGUGAUACAGGAAGGUGGAUAUUUACCUUGUCAAGUGUUUAACGCUUCCAAAACAGCUUUGUUUUGGAAGCGUAUGCCUGACAAGAGUUACCUGGCCAAAGAAGAGGCAAGGAUGCCAGGCUUCAAAGCUGCAAAGGAUCGUGUAUCUCUUCUUUUCUGUGCCAACGCUUCUGGUGAUUACAAAUGUAAACCCCUGCUAAUACAUCGCUCGGCCCGACCUUGUCCUUUCAAGAACAUAAGCAUGUUAACGCUACCUGUGCAUUGGCGUGCUAAUAAGAAGGGCUGGAUAACCCAAACUAUUUUUGAAGAAUGGUUUAUGACUCACUUCCGUACAGAAAUGAAGAACUAUUGUGCCAAGAAAAACAUCACCUUCAAAGUUAUUCUUCUGUUAGAUAACUGCACCGGCCACCCUACAAACCUCAAUGAUCUUCAAAGUGAAAUAAAAGUUAUUUAUUUACCUCCACAAACUACAUCACUGCUGCAGCCUAUGGAUCAAGAAGUUAUGUCUACAUUCAAGCUGCUCUAUCUGGACCUUACCUUUGAGGCCAUCCACAAGGCAAUAGAUGAGGACAAAGAGCUCACGGUUCAACAGUACUGGAGGAAUAAGUUCAACAUUCUACAUGGUGUUCGGUUUAUUGGCAAGGCCUGGGCUGCAAUCGGUGAAACAUGUCUCUUGAAUGGUUGGUGCAAGCUGUUGCCUGACACAGCACCUGACUUCCUUGGGUUUGAGCAGGAUCAUUUGACUUGGGUCCUGAAUAGAGCAAGAGCACUACCUGGAGAGGGUUUUGAAGACCUACAAUCUGCUGAUAUCAUUAACCUUGUGGAAGCUGCUGAACAAGAAUUACCUGACAGUGACAUUCUUCAGUUAAUUGACGAGUCACCAAAUGAUCCUGGAUUAGAAGAAGAAGAUGAGGAACAUGUUGAACCCAGCCCUACAUUAACCAUGUCAAACCUUGCAAGAAUACUGUCCCUCCACCAGCAGUUAAUUGAUCUCAUAAGUGAAGCCGACCCCAGUUUCGAGAGACGAGAGACUUUAACUUUAAAUUUAACUAGAGGUAUAGCACCCUACAAGCAAAUUUAUCAGGAACGUCAGGCAACAGCCAAGAAGCCAAUGUUCACGACUUUCUUCCGGGGCUUCUCUGCUUCACCGACACCAGUGCCAGUACCUGCAACACCACAACAUGAAGAACAACAAGAACCAACACCAAGUCCAUUAGGGGUCACUCAUGCCCAUGCAUCAACCCCUACAGUAAGUGACAGUGACUCUGGUCCAGACAACCCACCUUCACCACCAUCUCCAACCACGAGUGAAGCUGACACCCACACCUACGACGAUGACAACGACGCCUCCUCCAUGGAUGUUGACGUAAAUUCCAGCCUCAUGUAAAUAAGCCAAUCACUACUCUGGACUACCCAGACCUAGUAAGCAGGAGCCUCAAAGACAUGCCUGCUAGGCUGAAGCAGCCCACCUCAUGGAGCAAUCACACUGCAAAAAGAACUGCUAACCCAGUCCACAAUCAAAACAAACCCAGUGCUGUAAUGGAUGAAGGACUUCUGAGAAUGACAAUGUCGACAGUGACUCUUGCAAUAUGUGUGCAAGGCUACAUACAUUCACAAAGGAUGAAGAAAAAUCGAAAUCGACAAUGGAUAAAGUCAUGGAUGGUCAAGAAGUCCAAGAAUGUGCAUCACAAUCUGGUGAAGAUGCAUCUUGAUGAUGCUGGAGGAUUCUUCGAGUGUCAUGGGAUGUACAAGGAGAAUUUUCAAGAACUUCUCAGACUGGUAUCACCCUUUAUCCAGAAACUGGAUACCAAGUUUGGGCAAGCAAUAUCGCCAGAGCAAUGCUUGUCUGUCACACUCCGGUACUUAGCCACAGGAGAAUCUUGUCAGUCAUUGGAAUUCCAGUACAGGAUAAACCACAACUCAAUCUCCAGCAUAAUUCCUGAAGUGUGUAGGGCCUUGUACACAGCCCUUAAAGGCACCUACCUUAAACUCCCCACAACUUCAGAUGAGUGGCAAGACGUGGCAAGUACCUUUUACACUUUGUGGAAUUUUCCAAUGUGCAUAGGAGCCCUCGACAGAAAACGCUUCCUUGUAACAAAGCAACCAAACUCUGGAUCUGAAUACUGUACCUACAAAUCCCAUCACAGCAUCAUUAUGCUAGCCCUAGUUGAUGCUAAUUACAAAUUUUUGUCUGUUGAUAUUGGAGCCCAGGGCCUGGCAAGUGAUGCUGGUGACUGGGAUAAAUGCACUCUCAGGGGAUACUUAGAAGAGAAUAAGCUUCAAAUUCCAGCACCUGCAUCAUUGCCUUUUUCAACUGUCCAGUCUCCAUAUGUGAUCGUUGGAGAUGAUACAUUUCCACUCAAGACGUACCUGAUGAAGCCCUAUCAAGGUAAAAAUAUGACUGCAGACAAAAUUAUUUUCAAUUGCAGGUUGUCACGAGCAAGAAGUGUGUCUGAAACUGCCUUCGUGAUACUAUCAACCAAAUUUCGGGUGUUUCAGCAACCUAUAAGCUUAAGGCCUGACUGUAUCAAGCAGAUCAUAUUUGCAAGUGUGGCACUACAUAAUUACUUGAGAGUGAACUGCAGAACACCUUUGGCACCAGAACUCUUGGAGAAGGAAGACAUCAAUCGUGGCAUGCUUGUUUCUAGACACUGGCAGGAGGCACAUCUAACUGAAUUUGAGAAACUUCAGGCAAUUGGCAGGGGACAUUCAAAUGAUGCAAAAACAGUAAGAGAGAACUUCAAGGACUAUUUUAUGAACAGGGGUCGAGUGCCAUGGCAGGACAGGUUGGCUCAAUAGUAUUUCUUUCAUUCCAAAUUAGGGAAGGCUAUGGCAAUUUAGGUUAAGUUUGAGAAGGACAAUGUUAGGUUAGUAGGUCAUAUUUGGUGAGGAUGAGUUAGAUAUAGUUAUGUAAGAGCGCACAACACAAGCUGCCACCCUUUAAGGGCUUGGCACUCUUACAACAACUUACGUUAAUACUCUGACCUGGUAGCGUGACGCGAGAGGAAGGCCCAUGGGUACAUGUAAUUAUAGUAUCGAGCAUUAG